AUGGCUGCAACCAUUCAGCACCCGAAUUCUGUAACGACAAUUUUCCUAGACCAGCCUCCGAGCUGUCUAGAAUUUUGUCCGGAGGUAGCAGACCACUUUAUUGUGGGCACAUAUCUGCUAUCAGAGAACAAGACAGACGACGGAGAGAUACAACAAUCCAAAACCGGCAGCAUUCAGCUAUGGAAGCUUGAUCCUGUCAGCAAAGCACUAUGCCAAGUCCAAAGAAUCGCUGUGCCAUAUGCAGUAUUUGACCUCCACUUCCACCCAAACCACAAGAAUCUAUUUGCAAUCGCAAGUAGCGUGGGCACAGUAUCUCUAUUUGAAGUCUCAACCAACACAUCAGCAGGAGUAGAUGCAUCUCCUAGCAUAACUCAACUAUGGACCAAGCAAGUCCACGAAGAUCCAUCCAUCCCAGCUCUUUUCCUAGCAUGGGCACCGGAGAAUUGGUUCCCCAAGACACCAGCGGAUGGGUUCGCCGUCACUUUCUCCGACAGCCGGACAGCCGUCUUCGGAACGGAGGGUGAUAUUCGCGAAGAAGACGGUCUAGCAGAAUGGGGAACUUUCGAAGCAAAGCAAAUGAUCGAGGUCUGGUUUGUGGCCUUAUCCACGGCAUCCGCAAAUCCCGACGACAGAAAUUCAUCCGGCAUGCCCUUUAUGUUCACUGGCAAUGACUUUGGCUCAUUACAUACCCGUCGUUUCGACAACAGUGCGGAGUUGGACGACCCAGAUGACCAUAUCUCGCCUAUGCUUCUGGAGCACGAUGAUCGGGCGCGUCAUCAUACAGCUGGCGUGACUGCUAUUCUCCCGCUUGCGGUUCCAUUGGUUGAUGAUGCUCCUGUUCUUCUGACGGGAAGUUAUGAUGAGGGGUUGCGGGUUUACCAAGCUACACGCCGCGGGGAGGUUCUCGCUGAGCAAGGGCUUGAGGGUGGAGUUUGGCGGUUGCAGUUAUUGAAUACGACGCAAGUGCCGGGGUCUGCUGAUCCGUCGAAUGUUACGGAAUGGAGCUUUUUGGUGCUGGCAAGCUGUAUGCAUGCUGGUACUAGGCUUGUUCGGGUGACUUGCUCGCAACAGGAUGGUGCUCCCAGUUGGAGUAUUGAAGUGCUGGCGAAGUUUACAGAGCACGAAAGUAUGAACUACGCUAGUGGUGUAUGGCAAGGCAUGAAGGCUGGACAAGAGGAGUCUGGGGAGCUUCUAUGUGUCUCGAGCAGCUUUUAUGACCGGAGGUUGUGUGUGUGGACUGUAGAUGUUUAG